AUGUCAGAUUCGACCCUUGUGAAGACUGCCCAAAUCUCGGCCAUCCUGACUGCCGCCGCUGCUUCUGGCGGUAUUAUCUCUAUUUCACUAUUCGCUCUCCCCGGGUUCAUCGUCAAGCCUCGUCAGCGCAAAGGCACCGAUCGCGAAAAAGCCUUGGGAGCAUCGAUUUCUCAUAUUGCUCGCCAGUGGCAAUAUGACUACGACGUGGGAAAGAUUGUCUUUCCGUCAGCCGCUUUGAUUUCGAGCUUAUUGUACUCUUAUGUUGCAUACGCUGUUCGUGGUGAACGCAGCGGGCGCUAUUUGAGUGCACUCUACGCCACGGCAGCUGGAUUGAACCUCUUGAUCGGGCCAUUCACGGGAUUUGCAAUUCUUCCAGUCAACAAUCUCAUCUGGUCAUACCUGGACAAGAAUGAUGACCUGGCGGUGGAGAGGGUGACUGCGACUGCUGAAGAAAAGCUACAACAAGAGCAAGAUGAGCACAAGUUCGAAGCAAAGUAUCUCGAUUACUCGCCCGUCCCUUACGGGUCAAAGCACGAGGAUGGAGCGCCAGUUCUGAAUCGAUAUUCAACAGUCUUGACCCGCGGACAUGACUCGCCUGCCGCACAGGCGAUGCUUUAUGCCGCUGGAGUUCCUGACCGCAAUGCGAUGAAGAAGAGCCCUCAGGUCGGCGUUGCCACGGUCUGGUGGGAGGGAAAUCCAUGCAACAUGCAUCUUUUAGAGCUGGGAAAAACUGUGAAGAAGUCGAUUACAGAAAGAGACCUCAUUGCUUGGCAAUACAACACAAUAGGCGUUUCGGAUGGUAUCACCAUGGGGACCGAAGGAAUGCGGUUUUCUUUGCAAACCAGAGAACUGAUUGCCGACAGCGUGGAGACAGUUACUUGUGCCCAAUAUCAUGACGCAUGCAUUGCCAUUCCGGGAUGUGACAAGAACAUGCCUGGUGUAGUCAUGGGUAUGGCUAGACACAAUAGACCUUCUAUUAUGAUUUACGGAGGGACGAUAGCUGUGGGAUAUUCAAAUCUGCUACGAAAGCGAAUCAACAUCUCAACCUGCUUUGAGGCUGCAGGAGCUUACGCUUACGAUACACUUCGCCAACCGGAUGAUGGAGGGGACACGAGCAAAUCCAAAGAUGAGAUUAUUGAGGAUUUGGAAAGUCACGCUUGCCCUGGUGCAGGCGCCUGCGGCGGCAUGUAUACUGCUAAUACUUUGGCGACUGCUAUUGAAUCUAUGGGGCUGAGCUUGCCAGGAUCUUCGUCUACACCAGCCGAAUCCCCAGCCAAAAUGCGCGAGUGUGUAAAGGUAGCUGAUGCUAUACAGGUUUGUAUCGAGAAAGAUAUUACCCCGCGUAAGCUUCUUACCAAGAGCUCCUUUGAAAAUGCUUUGGUUAUGACGAUGGCCUUGGGAGGUAGUACCAAUGGCGUUCUUCACUUUCUAGCAAUGGCACGAACUGCAGAGGUUGAUUUGACCCUCGAUGAUUUCCAGAGAGUGAGCAACAAAAUUCCCUUCAUUGCUGACCUGGCACCGAGUGGCAGGUAUUACAUGGCCGAUCUUUAUGAGAUAGGGGGAAUUCCGUCGGUACAGAAGCUGCUCAUUGCAGCUGGGUUGUUGAACGGCGAUAUUCCUACUGUGACUGGUAAGACUCUCGCUCAGAAUGUAGAGUCUUUCCCUUCGCUUCCUCAAGACCAGGUCAUUAUACGGCCCUUGAACAACCCCAUAAAACCUACCGGCCACUUGCAAAUCCUGCGAGGCAACCUCGCUCCAGGGGGCGCUGUGGCGAAAAUAACAGGAAAAGAAGGGUUGAAGUUCACGGGAAAAGCUCGUGUGUUCAACAAAGAACACGAACUGAAUGAUGCCCUUACCAAGGGGAAGAUUCCUCGCGACGAGAACCUGGUGCUCAUCGUUCGCUACGAGGGCCCGAAGGGCGGACCAGGGAUGCCGGAGCAACUCAAAUCAAGUGCGGCGCUGAUGGGGGCAAAUCUGACCAAUGUUGCAUUGCUCACAGAUGGGAGAUAUUCUGGUGCCAGUCAUGGGUUCAUUGUCGGCCAUAUUGUCCCCGAAGCCGCGGUUGGCGGUCCAAUUGCCCUUGUUCAAGACGGAGAUUUGAUAACCAUCGACGCCGAGACAAAUCAGCUCAACAUGAAUGUCUCCGAGGCCGAGUUACAGGAACGAUUGAAAAGCUGGCAACCGCCCAAGCCGCAGCUUACACGCGGAGUGCUUGCAAAAUAUGCAAGACUUGUGGGCGAUGCUUCCCAUGGAGCCAUGACGGAUCUAUUUUAG